GGGGGGGAAUAGCCCCAGUCCCCUACUUCACCCCCAGCACCGCGGCCCCCCACCUUCAACCGGUCAUACAGAACAUUGGUUCAACUUUGUGAUGUCUUCCCCUGAAAUUGCUUCCCUUUCGUGGGGUCAGAUGAAGGUGAAAGGCUGCUCCACAACAUACAAGGACUGCAAAGUCUGGCCAGGAGGAAGCCGAACCUGGGACUGGCGAGAAACUGGGACUAAUCAUUCUCCAGGAGUGCAACCAGCUGACCUUGAAGAAGUGGUCAAGAAGGGUGUUAAAACUGUGGUCAUUGGUCGUGGCAUGAGUGAGGCACUGCAGGUUCCAGCAUCCACUGUGGACUACCUGAAGCAAAACGGGAUCGAUGUGUUGGUGCUGCAAACAGAGAAGGCUGUGGAGCAGUACAACGCCCUGGCUGCACAGGGUGUCAAAGUAGGGGGGGUCUUCCAUUCAACCUGCUGACUCCUGGCACCUCCAUGACCACACAAAUCAGAGGCACAUCCCUCCACUGCAUCAGAUUACAGGCAAUGGACUGUGGUGUUCCAUGCCAAGGUGUUUGUGCCCUGAGAGUCUGAAAUGCAAAGGCAGUUUAUUAGAUUGAAACAAAUCAAGUGCUUCCAAAAGGGGGUUGGUAAUGAAAUCACUGAAUUAUAGAACCAUUUCCAUACAUUCUUGAGACUGAUCUAACCUGAACACUGUCAUAUUUUGGUUACUUAGCUCUUCACCUGUUUGCUAAAUUAAAAUGCUAAGUUUUGAAUACUUUCAUUAGGAAAUGGCCCAAGAUUACAUUAUUGGCUACUGGAAUGCAGCUAUAGGAUAGCUGAUGGGUACAACCAAGUGGGUAUGAAGGUAAAACUUCAUACAACUAAGUUAAAACAUAAAGCAAACCCAGAACACACAGCUUUGCCUCCUGCUGGUGACUUCAGUCAGGAUGUUGGCUAAUUCAUAAUCAUCACGUAAUUUAACACUAAGAUUUUACAUUGAGCUAGAAAAAGGAAUAAAAAAUAAAGUUUACAGGGAAUAAACAUCAAAUUUGAGCCGUAAUCCUCCCAAUGAUAGGAAGAUGCUUUGAGUAGUGCAAUACAUAUCUAUUCAGAAGUCCUUAUGUGGUUAAAAUCACCAGGAAGAUUUGUCACAAGAGUUUGCAACCAACAGCAGAUGUUGAUCUUUAGGCAAUCAGCCUACAUUGCUGAUGUGGGGCUGGAUGUGAGGAUUCUGACUGGUCAUGGUUAGCUGAGGAUUUAAACAUCGUGCCAACAAGCAGGUUAUUCUGCUGCAAGUUUAACAAGUUCUCUUCAUUGCUGUUGUUGGUGGGCUUCUAUUAAUAGACAAGUUCCCUCCUGGAGGUAUUUUCCCCACCAGGCUGUGCAUAUGAAGUCUCUGUUAAUGACAGCACAAAGGUGACAGUAAUGGCCUGAGGCACUUGGAGCUCUCCCAGCAGUAGCAGAGAGGCUUAGACUGGUAUGAGAAUGCAAAGACCUUCCCAAGCCCCAAGAAUAACCCUUCACAAAAUCCUCUGUUCCAUUUGUUUGCUCUGGUAAUCAUUUCAACCCUUUUAUCUGCUCCAAUACAAAGCAGAGGGAAAGUAAGGGAAAGCUUUUAUCUUACAAGCUCCUAAUGACAGCAGUAUUCUGUUAGUGCAGCUGCAUUGGAGGCAUCUCACCUAAACCAGCCAGAGCUGCUCUUCCAGCUGCAGCUGCAUUCUCUGACACAGCAGCUGGUACAACAGGCAUCAGAACUGCUGUGGUAUUUGCAUAACUUCCAUGGGGUGAAAUAGGUGAACCACUACCCCGCAGGACUUGCAGGCAUCCCAAGGGAAUGCCAUGGAUCACAUCCUGCCAAUCCGCUCUGUGGGAACACUUUUUGCAUUAAAUUCUGUUCUCUUCUA